UCAAAAUGACUUUGCCUGGAGGAAAGUGCCAGCUUAACUACGCGCGAGAACGCAUGUGGGAACCCGGCUACCUCAAGGCCAAAUGUGCAGAGUUGGGCUUGGAAAACGAGUUGCGAUUGUACCGAAUACGCCUUUGGAAGAGUUACCUAUUCUCUUUCUUUGUUCUGCACAUUUUCGUCACCACUGUGCAUUGUACGCUGCUGUUAACAACCAUUGAGCACCGGUCGAUUGUCCAGUUUGAUGUGUCCCUCACCACAGGAAGUUCCGUUGUUCUUUUACUAGUACUGAGUGUUAAUUUCUGCGAUGGCUUUAUUGCGAAACACACUUGGUAUAUGUUUUGCAGCUCGAUGGUUGCCUCCCUUAUUUUGGUAUUCGCUGAUCUAACUGAAUCUAUUUACCACCACUAUGUUCACAACUGGCAGCUGGGGACGUUCUACGACACCUACAUCGUAUACAUGAUAUACAUCUUCCUGCCGAUCCACUUCUUGAGCGGUGCCGUCCUGCUUGCAGUGCUAGUGUCAGUCCUGUACAUUAUCUACUACGUGCAAAUCCUGUCCGACGGGUUCAUCCAAUUCGUGUCCCAACUGUUUUCCACCGGCGGAAUGUCCGUGGACUUGGUGCACUACCUGUGCCUCAAUCUGGUGGGCAUAUUCUACCGCGUGAUAAACGACACAAUAGUGCGCUCAUCCUUCCUGGACCGGCACCAGUACAUCAAGGAGGAGCUCUGGCUGCGCAACGCCCGAAUCCAGGAGAAGCAGUUGCUGGACUCCAUCCUGCCGCCGCAGAUCUCGGAGCCCUUGCAAAAGGACAUUCAGAACCGGAUUAUCCUGACCAAGCGCGGCGUCGGGAUUCGUUCCUUGAGUGCCUUGGAGCGUGCCAUGGCCAUCCAGAUCCAUCCCGAUGUCUCCAUCUUGUACGCAGAUGUGGUGAACUACACCCACUUGACCACUACAUUGACGGUGGAGAAGUUGGUAAAGGUCCUGCACGACCUCUACGGAAGAUUCGAUUUGGCUGCUUUUCGCUACAAGGUGCAGCGCAUCAAGUUCCUGGGCGACUGUUACUACUGUGUGGCGGGUUUGUCAGACCCCGAUCCCGACCACGCGAACAGAUGUGUGGCCCUAGGCCUUUCCAUGAUCGACGAAAUCACGGAAGUACGUGACUCGCAAAACUUGGACAUAAAUAUGCGCAUUGGAGUUCAUUCGGGGAACCUGUUUGCCGGAGUUAUUGGCGAAGCCAAACUUCAGUUUGACAUAUGGGGACUGGACGUCACUAUUGCCAAUGUUCUGGAAUCCACCGGAGUGGCGGGAUUCGUGCACAUCAGUGGUGCAACUUUGAAUAAUCUGAGCGAACAGCGCUACGUUAUUGAAGAUGGUCCCGAAAUGGCACGGAAUCAUCCACUUCUGAGUAGAUACCGAAUAAGUACAUACAUAGUUCGACAAGACUUGCAAGAAGAUCAGGAUGAAAGUGACGAGGAUUUUGAUGAACUGCAUGCUGUCUCCCUCUUUAAUGUAGGGUCAAGGCAGAGACUGAGUAAUAAUGCUAAUGAAAGCCUGAGAGCGAUUUUUAAUGCAGAGUUAAGGGAAGAGUUCCGGAAUAUGCCAGUCAGUGCAUUUAACCCUAAAACCUUGUACGGCAUCUAUAGACGAAGAGGAGUAAAGGUCCCAUUGUAUCACCAGUUAAACUUAUGCCUGAAAUACCUCGACCCCGAUGUGGAGAGAGCAUACCUGAAGCAAACCGACUACCUAUUCAAGUACAGCAUGCUUCUGUCCUUGUGCGUUGGAUACUGUCUGGUGUACAUUGAACUAAUGGACACUAAAAUUAUUUGCCCUACUUGCAUGAUUUUGCCCGCCAUCGUGACUGUAGUACAGACCAUUUUGACCUUUAUAACGUGGUACAAAAAGAUUUGCUGGACCAGGUUUGGCAACCAGCCCCAUAACUACAGCCGAAUUAGCUGCAUUAUAUUUCGGGUUCACGAGAAAAUCAUAGGCAGUAUGAUGAUUCGCAUAACCAUUUACCUCUUUCUAGUGAUAUCGGGGUUUUCCGUGAUGUGUCUCAUUGUAAUGUCCUGUAAUCGCGAAGAGUUCGAGUUGGCCUUUAUAGAGGAAAGGCUCUUUCACUAUGAGCAAGAGACAAAGAUAUGCUUUCAUCCCUGGGUUGCAACCAACAUGGUCUCCCUGAUGAUUUGUCAGACUUUCACAUUCGCCAGUAUUCCGAUCGUGGUGAAGACUAUAAUGGCCAUUUUGGAGACGAUCGGCUACUUGGUGAUAAUUUUCUUCGAGUUUGAGUUCGUCUUUCAUCACAGCGUGACGACGAACCCCAGUUUUCCCGCAGAGUACGCACACGCUCUGCUAAUAUGCAUUACCCUGCUAACUAUGGUUGUGAAGGAGCGCCAACUAGAGUUCACCAACAAAGUAAACUUCCACUGGCGCGUUGAGUUAAGGAAGAAGGAAGCUGACGCCAAUUUAACCAAUCACUCCAUUAUUAUUAUCCUUAACAACAUUCUUCCCGCCCACAUCGUCGACGUUUACAUUAAUUCGAUGGCCAAGCACGAACUCUACUAUGAAAAUUAUCAAAUGGUUUCGGUUAUGUUUGCCAUGUUAAUAAAUUUUGAAAUGGAUCUAAGAAGCUUGCGUAUACUAAAUGAAAUUAUUGCCGAAUUUGAUAUGUUGUUACUGUUCUACAAGGAAUAUUAUUCGGUUGAGAAGAUCAAAGUCGUCGGAUGCACAUAUAUGGCUGCCUGUGGACUAAACCUGAACUUUGCUGGUACCACCAGCAAAACAAUGAAGGAUAACCCGAGCGCGACUGAGGCCACCGAAGGGAGUAAUGUUCGGUUUUUGUUCGAGCAAGAUUUAAAAGACCGCGAGGAAGUGGUCUUUGUGAUGGCUUCAUAUGCCCUGGAUAUGAUGCGCACGCUGGCCAAAUGUAAUCAGGCGUACCAAAGUAUUCCGGGUGAUCGGAAUAUUCUGGACGGGUCGAUAGCCAUCGGCAUUUCCAGCGGGGAGGUUAUGGCUGGUAUAGUGGGCGCAUCGCAUCCGCACUACGAUAUCUGGGGCAAUCCAGUCAACAUGGCCUCAAGGAUGGAGUCGACGGGACUACCGGGCAAUAUCCACGUGACGGAGGAGUCCGCGAGAAUUCUCCACGAAUUCGGCAUUGUCUGCAAAUAUCGCGGCUUGACUUUCGUGAAAGGGCGUGGCGAAAUCCCGACAUUUUUAGUGGGAAUUGAUGACAACCUAAACUUUAUCACUACAGAGCCCAAACGAGCUCCCAGUCAUGUUGAGCGCAGUUCAGUUGUAUCAUUGCAAACCACCUUUUCUAACCCAAAUAAUGUAGAUGCUCUUGCUAACAUUUCCAGACACACACUACAUGAUUUUUAA